AUGUCUGGAAAAAUCAAGAGCCGAAUCGCGGCAAAUGCCGACUUGUUAUCUGGAAGUGUGUCUUGCGAUGAGCGCAUUUUACGAGACUGUCAUCAGUUGUACAUCGAUGCCGACAGUGGGCUGGUAGCAGUGGCCCAGUCAGUUGGCGUGACUCUGCUGGCACCCAGGAAAAAGAUCACUGUCAUGUUGAUGGGCAACCACUCUGCUGGCAAGAGCUCCUUCAUCAACUGGUAUGUGGAGGAGCACAUCCAGCGUACAGGAGUGGCCAUUGAGACACAAGGCUUCAGCUUUGUUACUAGUGGGCGCAAGAGAGAGUCUCUCACAGGAAAUGCCACGCUGCACCUUUACCCACACUUCAAACCUCUACACGAGAUCAAGGGUGUGUCUGAGUACCUGGGCACUGAGAUCUGCACGUCGCGGCAGAAACGCUUUAGCCUAGUGACGUUUGUGGACUCUCCUGGCCUGGUGGACGGGGACAUGAAGUACCCCUUUGAUGUGGACCAGGCCAUCAUGUGGCUGGGCGAGCUGUGUGACCUCAUCCUGGUGUUCUUUGACCCCAUGGGCCAGGCACUGUGCAAGCGCACCCUCAACAUCGUGGAGAAGCUCAACGAGAAGCACGGUGACCGCCUGCGCUUGUACCUCAGCAAGGCCGACGAGGCUGGGGGAGAGUCGGACAGACAGAGGGUGAUGAUGCAGAUAGUCCAGGAGCUGUGCAAGCGGCCGGGACUCAACAAGUGUGGCUUUGACAUGCCUACCAUCUAUGUCCCCAACCCCAGCAAGCCCAGUCGCUGUGUGAACCAGAUUGAGGAGGCAUGUCGCACCAUCGAGAAGACCAUCAACCAGACAGUCCAGAACACACUCAACUCACUAGAGAAGGACUGUGAUCUUAUCACUGAGGCCAUUGCAGAUACACUCAGCCAAGACAGGCAGACCAGUGUAGAUAACCGGCGGGCGCGCUGUAAAAGCUGUUUGUUGGCUUUUCUGGGCUUCAGUGUCCCCUUCAUGCUGAUGGCAGUCCUGGUGCUGGGCAGCUUCUCCAAAGAGCUGCUAAAGAUGGCCCUGGGGGAUGACGGCAUCGAGGCCCUCUCUCUCUACCUGGCUCCUGUAGUGAGAGUGUUUGACUCCAUGUCCGUGGAGUACCAGCUCUACAGUUGUGGCGGACUCAUCUUCCUCUCCUUCCUACUCCUCAUCCUUGCCCGCUUCUCCUUCAGGACUCGGCCCACUCUCUCUGGCCGACAGAAGAGGCAGCUACAGGAAAAGCUGGAUUAUGUGCAGGAGGUGGUGAAGACAAAGAAGAAGAAGCUCUAUGAGGAAUACCUUCGCCAGAGUGUGGGUGAUCAAGAUAUGGACUGAAAUAAAAUGGAGGAAACCACUGAAGUACCACUUAACAUUCCUACUGUAGAGGACCAAAUGUAAUGUAGGGUUUAAACUGUUCAGGCUUUACCUUCAAGGCCAUGCCUUAUGGUGCAUUCAUGACAAUUCUGAAACUCAGAGUUAAAAUUAACAUAAGUUGUUUGUGUAGAGCAGGGCUGUUCAAUGUCAGUCAUGGAGGGCCAAAGCACUUCUGGUUUUCAUCCUUCUAAUCAGAGACUGAUUCAGACCUGGGACACCAGGUGAGUGCAGUUAACUACCAGGUAGAAACAAAGUGUUUCGGCCCUCCAGGACCGUAAUUGAACGGUCCUGACGUACAGCUUCCUAUUGGUUGAUUGUGAUUCUUUCCAAGUGGGAGAACUCUGGCCUCCUCUUUCUACAACGAAUGUCCAAGUAAAAAAUGUCUUGAGUUUCCGAGUUGUCUUGAACGCACCAUUUACGUGUCACUCCGGAGUACGCAGGGUGACAUGGGAAAAUGUAAUCCUUGUCCAAGUGUUGUCAGUCCAAUAUCUGUUCAUUCAUGUAGUUGUAAACCAUAGAUCGCCUCAAUUUCUGAUAAUUUGAGCAUUCAGAACCCAACUCCUAACUCUGGCAAUCACUGUAAUAUUAAUUUCCCAAUAUUUUUCACUACCAUGUUACCUGAUUGUUGUUUUUAAAAUCUACCUAACAUCA